CUGGCGAUGACGCUCAGCUUCCGGUCCCUCAGUGAGUCAGGCAGGCUUUUGCCACGCUUCGUCUACAAAGAGCUCACCCCACUGGUUCCCUGAGAUGCCGAAGAAGAAGACCGGGGCCCGAAAGAAGGCUGAAAGUCGCAAAGAACGGGAAAAGUUAACCCGGGCGGCCAGAGAUGUCGUGGAUGUGGCGAAACACCCCUGUAAUGCCUCCAUGGAAUGUGAUAAAUGCCAAAGACGGCAAAAGAAUCGAGCUUUUUGUUACUUCUGCAAUUCAGUACAAAAGUUACCUAUUUGUGCGCAGUGUGGCAAAACAAAAUGUAUGCUGAAGAGCUCAGACUGUGUUGUUAAGCACCCUGGUGUCUACAGUACAGGGCUCGCCAUGGUGGGAGCAGUUUGUGACUUUUGUGAAGCCUGGGUAUGUCAUGGGAGGAAAUGCCUGAGCACACAUGCCUGUAGCUGCCCCCUUGCUGAUGUUGAUUGUAUUGAAUGUGAGAGAGGUGUCUGGGAACAUGGAGGGAGGCUGUUCCGCUGUUCUUUCUGCCACAACUUCCUGUGUGAAGAUGAUCAGUUUGAGCACCAAGCCAGCUGCCAAGUCUUGGAUUCUGAAACUUAUAAGUGCAUCUCCUGUAAUCGCCUGGGGCAACAUUCUUGUCUACGUUGUAAGGCCUGUUAUUGUGAUGAUCAUGUUCGCAGCAAGGUCUUCAGACAGGAAAAGGGAAAAGUGCCACCUUGCCCUAAAUGUGGUCAUGAAACACAGGAGACAAAAGAUCUAUGCAUGUCCACUCGUACAUUGAAGUUUGGCAGACAAUCUGGUGUUGACGAUGAUGGCGCAUCUGGUUAUAAUGACUACUGGAAAAAUUUGGCAUCUGGAGGAAGUGGAACAUAUACUGUUGAUGAAGAUGAUGAGUAUGGUGAAGAUGAUGAGGAAUAUGAUGAAGAGGAGGAUGAUGAAGCAGAAGACAAAACUGACAAAGAGGCUGACGAUGACGUUAAAGGUUAUAGUGACGCAUUUGCUAAUCUAAAUCUGGGGCGAACUUAUGCAAGUGGCUACGCAGACUAUGAGGAAUCAUAAGCUUUAAAGGACACUGAGGAUGGUGUGUUACUUUAUAUUUAAAACUGUACCUUCAAGCGAAGCAUUAACAUAAGAUAAACGAUAACUGUACAUCUUGCAGUGCAAAAUCGUUUAGUUUGAAAGCCACAUCUCAAUGAAAAUUUUCUUCAGACCCUUUAAAUAAACACCAUUUAUUAAUUCA